AUGUCCAACCAAAACCACCGUUCCUCUCGCUCACCACCCCGUCUGCGAAUCAACCCACCCUCACCACAAUCCUUCUACGCGCCCUCUCCGAUCUUCACUCCGUCCACCCUCACUUCCUCAAGUACUUCAAUUAGAACCCCAAAAGCAUCCACAACGGCCAGCACCACUCCCACUACCAGUAAUAUCAACAAUACAAUAACCUUGGACACCGUGAUUGCUCACCUGCGCACCCCCCUCCACCCUCUCGUCUCCGCCACAACCGGCCUCCAACACCCGUUUUUCCCGAAAAGCCUCCUCUCCUACCACCUCCUCACCUCGUCACAACUUGAUGAAUUAGCAAGACACUACCAUCAAGUCACUCCACCCGUUCUGGGGACGUUCAGCUACCCGGUGACGAUUCCUGCUUGGGUGCCUCCCCGUGCAAAUGGAAAACGGUCCCGAUACGGGAGUGAAGAGUUAAUGGACGUAGACCUGAAAACGAAGAGACGACGGUUUGGAAGGUUUAUCGGGCUACGAGGAUGUGAGUCUCCCAUUCAGCUCCAGAUUGAGGUAGACGGCGAGAGUGGGAAUGAAUAUGGGUAUGAGGACGCGGUGGAAGAGGCAAUGGCGAGGAUUGAGAGCGAGUGGGAGGAGGCGUUGCAGAGGGCUGCGAGGGAGGAUGGGGAUGGGCUUAGGAUAAAGUGGUGA